UUUAAACUAAACCCUCUUUGAAAGAACAAAAAUACUUGAGAAAGAGCGCGACGACGUUACUUCGCUUCGUGACUUCAUCACCCAACGAAACCAGGGUUUUUCCGUUAGGGUUUUGUUUUCGUUUCGCACUCUUCCAUUGUAAGACAAGCUGCAAAUAUCGCGUUUUCCUCUUCGUCGCAUUCAUCGAAAUUCACAGUUGAACUAUGGCUGAUUUAGACGAUUGGCUUCUGGAGGCUGCUGGGGUAAACAGACAUUCUCCCCCGACUAGGAGGGAUGGAGAGCCUUUGGAUGGUGGGAGUGAUUCUGAUUCGGAUUCCGAUUCUGAUGAUGAGCGUGAUUAUCGGGAGAGAAAGUCGUCUCAGGUUCCUCUCAAGAAGAGAGGGAGAGAAGAUGAUAGUGAUGAUGAUGUUGAAGAUGGUCGUUCUGUGCGUGAGGGGGACAGCAGUGAUGACUCUGAUGUUGGUGAUGAUCUUUAUAAGGAUGAGGAUGAUAGACAGAAACUUUCUGAGAUGACUGAACUUCAAAGAGAGAUGAUUUUGUCGGAAAGGGCUAAUAAGAAAGAUGAUAAGGAUUUUUUGGGUAAGAUGGCAUUGAAGCGCGAGAAGGGGAAGACGGCAACUGUAUCUAGAAGAGAGUCUCCGCCUCUUCCGUCUUCUCGUGUGCGGUCAUCUGCCAGAUCUGCUGAUAGGUCGGCUGCCAAGGACAGUGCGUUAAAUGAACUGCGUGCUAAAAGGUUGAAACAGCAAGAUUCAGAUGUGAAACAUAAGGUGAAAGAGGGGUCUAAAAGUGCGGGAACGGGGAUUUAUUCGCAGAAAAGGAGACCUAAUUUCAGUGGUUCAAGCCGUAGCGGAAGUGAGAGUAGGUCUCAUAGUGAUGAUGAAGAUUCGGAUGGAGAUGGAGGGAUUAUUGACAGCGAUGAUGAUGAUAAGAUAACUUCUGAAAAGCCUUCUUUUGAAGACAUACAGGAAAUCACCAUUCGAAGGUCAAAACUUGCAAAAUGGUUGAUGGAACCAUUUUUUGAGGAGUUAAUUGUAGGUUGUUUGGUAAGGGUUGGUAUUGGUAGGUCAAAGAAUGGGCCUAUCUACAGACUCUGCGUUGUGAAAAAUGUGGAUGCAUCAGAUCCAGACCGGGUGUAUAAAUUAGAUAACAAAACCACAUACAAGUACUUGAAUAUUGUAUGGGGAAAUGAUUCUUCUGCUGCUAGGUGGCAAAUGGCUAUGAUUAGCGAUUCUCCACCGCUUGAGGAGGAGUUUAAACAGUGGGUUAAGGAAGUAGAGCGUAGUGGUGGCCGGAUGCUGACAAAGCUAGAUGUGUCUGAAAAAAAGCAAGCCAUUCAGAAGAUCAAUAGUUUUGUUUACUCAGCAGCUACUGUGAAGCAGAUGUUAGAAGAAAAAAAAUCUACCUCGUGGAAGCCUUCAAAUGUCGCAGCCGAGAAGGACCGGUUGAGAACAGAGUUGGAAAUAGCACAAAGCAAGAAUGAUGCAGCCAGAGCAGAUAAGAUCAGAACAAGACUACAAGAAUUGGAAGAUUCACGGAAAGCUGAGGAGAAGGAUGCCAAGGCUUUGAGGCUUUCUGAGAUGAACAGAAAGAACAGGUUUGAGAACUUCAAAAAUGCAUCUGAAUUGAGGCCAGUAAAUAAAGCUUUGAAAGCAGGGGAGGCAGGUUAUGAUCCCUUUUCAAGGAGAUGGACUAGAUCAAGGAACUACUAUAAUUCAAAACAGGCUGAAGAGGCUGCAGCUGCAAAUAAUAGUUCUGGUGAUGCAGUUGGUGAUAGAGGCAGCAAUGGGACGGGAGCAGGCAUGGUGGCCACUGCUGAAGCUUUGGAAGCUGCUGCUGAUGCUGGAAAGUUAAUCGACACGAGGGCUCCAGUGGACCAGGGGACGGAGUCAAAUGUACUGCACGAUUUUGAGCUGCCAAUAUCAUUAGCCAUACUACAAAAGUUUGGUGGAGCACAAGGAGUUCAGGCAGGGUUUAUGGCAAAAAAACAGAGGAUUGAAGGAAUUGUUGGAUUUCGAGUCCCAGAAAACGAUGGAAGGAGUCAUCAGUUGACAUUAACAGUUAGUGAUUACAAAAGAAGAAGAGGGAUUUUUUAAAAUUUGUUGAAGUGACAAUUUUUCUUUAGGUUCACUCUUUUCAAGGCAAAAGUUGGUUUGUAUUUUCUGCAGGUUUUGAAACUGAUCAUAGAGUUUUCAAUCUGUGACAAACUCUUAGGAUUCAAGUUUAGAUUUGUAGUUUGCUAAAAGAGCAUGUCUAGACAACCCUAUUACCAUGGACAACAUCAAAGUUUUGCUGUAAAAAUAAUUUUAUAUUUCGAGACAUAGACAUUCCCGUUUUUUUUAUUAUUUAAGUUGCAUGAAACAUUUCUGUCAAAAAAAAAAAGUUGCAUGAAACAUUUCAAUUCAUUGCAAAGUAAAGAAGUAUCAAGACUUGGAAGUAUACUGCAUAUUAGCUGUAUUCAUUCAUUAUGAUGAGAAAAUUCAGACGGUAGGUUGAAGGUUUUAAAGGCUCAACCUGAUAAUUUUGUAUGAUUCAGGUUUUGGAAAUUAGAUAUAGGCUCAAUGUGACAAUGUUUUAGGUGAGAACACUCUCAACUAUGUAUGUAUAUGAGUUGGGUUCCAAACCUCACCCGAGUCUAGAGUCGAUACGACUUGGAUCAACUUACAGUUGAAUUUGUGUCUGUGCAUCAGUAAUGAGAGUUAAUUUUUAACCGUCUUUGACUUUAUACUUUUUCUUAAUUUGGAUCCUUUAUCUCUUAAAAACUUUACAAUAUUUUCUUCAUUUUUUUGGAUGAAAAAACCGCUAAUGUGCCUAUAAAAAAACAUUGAAGCGACAAGUCUAG